AUGCCUGGCUCGAUCAAGUCUAUCAAGCGCAGGGCUACGGCCAAGUCGGCAGCCAAGCGUAUUGGCAGGAUGUUCAAACGCACAAACAGUGACGAUCCUGAGGCAAUCACUUCCACCGAACCCAAAGAUUCCUUCGAAGGGACCAGACCUUCGAUAUCCUCUCGAUACUCAACAUCCUCGCGUAUGACCGUAAGGGAAGAUGGCGAGUCACCUUCGCCUUCAACCAAGGACCAAUUCCGACCUUUUGCGUCACUGUUUGAUCCCAGACGCCAGAAAGGGUCGGAUAUGGUUUCCCGCCCGCCUCUGGUUUCAGCCAAUUCAGAACCCGUGCCUGGAGCUGUUGAGCCUGCGGAGGCUACUAAGUUAAUUGAGGUUGCAAAACCCGUCGAGCAUGAAGCACUCACUUCAUCGGUACGUAACGGACCGGAAAUAGAUGAAAAGCAGCUAGAGCCUGCCCAACAACCGGAUAAGAUUGAAAAGAAGCCUGAAACGAAGAUCGAGCAGGCGAUAGAGAAGCAACUCCGGCCUGAAUCUCCACCCAGACUAGCAGCCAGACCUUUACCAUAUCCCCCAGCAGUACAAGCUACCACAGAACGGCCCGAGUCCCCAAUUCUCCCUGCAAAAGAGUUUAGGGAGAAACCGAUACUGAAUUCAUCCCUCACUCUUGAGCCUGAGCCCGAAACUGAAUCAAAGGCCGAGGCCAAGCUGGAGCCGGCCAAGAAGCCGAUCAUUCCAUCCCCAACUGUGGAAGACGUAGCCGAAGAGCUCAGGCCGAAUGCCUUCCACUCCAAGAGCCCUGUUCCACCUCGUCCCACAGUGGAAGAUGAGCCAGAGACUAUUGCAGAGCCCGUGAAAGAAGCCAGCGCAGAGGCUGAGUCAAAGGUCGCGUCAAAGGUCGCGCAUGAUGGGAGACAUAGGACAGAACUAAAAAAUAUUCCAUCCAAGCCUCAGCCAAAGGAAAAGAAGCCAAAUGUUGAGGCCAAAUCUCCAUCAAAAGACGAGUCUAAGACUGUCCCUAUUGUUCCCAAGGCUACACGCAAGUCUAAAGAAGUCAAGCCAUUACCUCGAGUCACAGCCACUCCGAGUAACUCAACGGCACCGAAGAAACCUUCUGUCCCAGCAACAUUAUCCCCUGUUCAUGGCACUUCCGCCCUCAGCAUAUCGUUUCAACUUACACGAACCGUAUUCGUACCCGAUACUGCCCCAGCUCCUUACACAGCUCGUCCCCCUAUCACAGCCCAGACUCCGAUGAUUGCCACGGCCCCCAAAGUCGCCAGAUCCAUGUUUGCUUGGACUGUACCAGAGCCUGCCUCGGCCCCUAUCAUCGCCGCAGCUCCACAGCGAGCAUAUUGA